AUGAACGUCCGUCCCACCGCCAGAUUCGCCAUCAACCUCACCCGCGGCGCCUUCUCUCAAUCCAUCAAGCGCGCCCUCAACACGACACCUGCACCAGUGACAGCACCAUUGUCGUCACUGUCCAAGUUUGUCAAGAUUGUGGAGGUCGGCCCUAGGGAUGGACUGCAGAAUGAGAAACAGGUGAUUCCUGCCGAGACAAAGAUCGAGUUCAUCAACCGCCUUUCGGACACUGGUCUCUCUGUCGUCGAGGCUACUUCCUUUGUUUCUCCCAAGUGGGUUCCUCAGAUGGGAGAUGCCACCAAGGUGAUUACAUCGAUCAAGAAGAAGGACAAUAUCAACUACCCUUGCUUGACUCCCAACAUCCAGGGUCUGGAUGCCGCGAUCAAGGCUGGCGUCAAGGAGGUCGCUGUCUUUUUGGCUGCCUCGGACUCCUUCAGCAAGAAGAACAUCAACUGCUCAGUCGAGGAGAGCUUUGAGCGUGUCCGCCCCUUGAUCACCAAGGCCCAGGAGAACGGCAUCUUGGUCCGCGGAUACGUGUCGUGUGUGGUUGGUUGCCCUUAUGAGGGUCCCAUUGCACCGAGAAGGGUCGCCGAGGUGUCAAAGAAGCUGUACGAUAUGGGAUGCUACGAGAUUUCGUUGGGUGAUACCAUCGGAGUCGCCACCCCCGGCACUAUCCGCGAGCUGUUGCAAACUGUCUCCCAGGUCGUCCCCAUGAAGGCCCUUGCCGUCCACUGCCACGAUACCUACGGCCAAGCCCUCGCCAAUAUUCAUUGCGCCCUCGAGAUGGGCGUGCGUGUGGUUGAUAGUUCGAUGGCAGGACUGGGAGGAUGCCCCUAUGCACCCGGCGCAUCAGGAAACGUCGCGACAGAGGAUGUUGUGUACAUGUUGCACGGAAUGCACUACAGCACUGGAAUCGAUCUUGGAAAGGCCAUCGAGACUGGAAACUGGAUCUCGGAGAGGUUAGGCAAGGCUAACGGAUCCAAGGCAGCUAGAGCCUUGACCUUGAAGGCCAUCUCUGCUGCCGCUGCCCCAUGCCCUCCUACUCCCGAGUCUCCCGUCAAGAGCAAGCUGUAA